CUUGAUAACGCUCCAUACCACAGUGUACAAGCAGAUAAAGCCCCAUCAAAAUAUUUGGUUAAAUCUGAAAUGAUCUCAUGGUUACAGCGGCACGGAGUUUUCUGUGAUCCAGCUAUGAGAAAAGGCCAACUGUAUGACCUAAUACCGACAAGGAAACCAAAAUAAAAAAAAAUCAAAAUUGAUCAAUUACUAAACGCCCAUGGUCACAUCGUAGUUAGGUUGCCUCCAUAUAUGUGUGACCUUAGCCCAAUAGAACUAGCAUGGCCUAUGGUAAAAAAACUACGUACGUCUUUGAGCGGCUGUUGGAUUUAACAACAGAAGGGAUUACAACUGUGACUGCAAAGGACUGGGAAGGAUACUGCCAACAUGUGGAACAACAAUACUGGGAACGGGACGGGGUUGUUGCUGACGUGAUCGACUCAAUAAUUAUUUCCAAUCCAAUUGACAGUAGCGAUGACGAAGAGACUUCUUGUGAAGAUGUUGAGUCUGAAGAAGCAACUAACUUUUCUGACUCCGAGCUCGCUCGGCCGCUGUGAGAGAAGACUUCCCAAAAUGCGCAGUUUUAUUCGAGUUAAAGCAUCCGGAAAGGUUGAAAGAGCCUGCCUGCCUGGAGCAUUCUGUUUCUGCAAAGAUAAUGAAGAUGAUGGGGGGAAAAGGCUGUCUUGCUCUUGUGGCGAAGAAUUGAACGUACAUGAAUGGGUAUGGGAUAAUUCAGCCCUAAGUUCUGCUUCCCAGUUGUUCUUGGAGGGCCGAGAAGUCCGAUUUCAUCCCUGCUACAGUUGUGGAACGGCAGCUGUGCGAGGAAGCAGACCUUGUGUUGGAGGAAAUAUUUAUUAUUGGGAGAUAAAAGUGCUUACGCCUUUAUUUGGGACUGAUGUGAUGAUUGGUGUGGGUACAGACAAGGUUGACCUUGAGGCAUCACAGUUCCAUUUUUGCAGCUUAUUGGGAUCUGACGAGGAAUCUUGGGGAUAUUCGUACAAUGGUUCGAUUCAACACGAAGGCAAAAUGCAGGCUUAUGGUCCAUCAUAUAGUCAAGGUAGCAUCGUUGGUGUCUACCUGGAUAUGUGGAAGGGGACACUCGAGUUUUAUUUAAAUCGCAAGCCCCUUGGAGUGGCUUUUACUUCGCUUCAGGGCCGAACACUGUACCCUAUGUUAUGCUCGACAGCUGCGAGGUCUGCAAUGAAAGUCAUAUACUCUUCUUCUUCUCCUUCUACUUUGAAGCUCUUGUGUCUAAAAUCUGUCAGUACCAACUCAGACAUGAUGAAGAUACUGAAGACAGUUCCAUUCCUAAGAAAUCAGAUCGAGAGAUACUAUUGGUGGCUCGUUCUUUCAAAAGGAAGUGAAAAUUGCUCAGAAUACUGUGAGAUGGAAGCAACUGAUGAUGAUCCAAGGAAUGAAGUGGAGUAUUAUAGUGAUGAAGAUGAAGAUGCAAGCUUGGCUUCAUUCUGCGCAAGUUUAUCAGGUGCUUCAAACAGCUCAUCGCAAGAAACAUCGAUCAUGAAGAGAGACACAAGGGAUAAAAAAAAAAUUAUACCUAUAAGACACGGACAAAGAAUGGAGCCGGCGCGGUUAUGCAGUCAGUGCGACACGCAUAGGAGCGCUGUGGGGACAUUUUCAACGAGGAGUAAGAAACUUUGUAUUGUUUGUGAUGUAAUUAUUUAGUUAUAAAUGUUUUAUACUGAACAAAUUUCACUUGGGGUUGAUUUCCUAUAUUAAAAUGCCAUUGGAGUGAACUUCAGAAGACUUUGAAGAUUGACUACUAUAUGGAAAAUCUUUUGUAAAAUGAAAGUGAAUAAUAGGUGUAUCAUGUCAUGUAAUAUAUGUCACAUCUUCUUCUUC